UUUCGAGAAGGGUGACCAGGACUUGGAGCUAGCUCAUCCUUGAAGCUCUUGCUUCCUGUCCGGACUGGAGAUGGGGCGGAGCGCCCGGGGCUUUCCGCUGUUGCCCGCUGCCUGUGACUCUCCAAACAUGGAGUUCUCGGGAGUGCCAAACGUCCGGCGGGUUUGGACCGGCUUUUGUGUCACGCGGCCUGGGCUUUGCGCGCUGCGGCCGGGGUGACGCACAGGCGCGAGUGGCUUCCAUCCCGCUGCCUCCCUGCGCGUCCCGCGUCUUCCCUAGGCGGGGUGGAGGCGUCGGAAGCCGGGGCCGGCGCCCCACCCCAAGCGGGGCUCCCACGCCUAACCCUGUCCCUGCCGGAACCAGGAGCCCCCACAGCCCUUGUGCCACCAGCCUAGGCGACCGCGUUCUCCUUUGUGCUGCAUUCUUUAGGUUCCAUGCAGUGGCAGAGAUGGUGAGAAGCCGAGGUUUGCAGUUGGCGGAAAGUUAGGGAUAGUGUUGUUUCGUUUUUUUGUUUGUUUUCUUCCAUGCCAAAUGGAAGCUCUUCCUGGAGGGAUAAUUGUUGAACUGAAUGCAUAAUUCUCUACUUACUUAACAUAUGGUUAAGAGAGAAAAACAGGUGACUGCAGCCGAAGGUCCCUUCUACAAGUCUGCACACAACGCCAGUAGAGUAAUAUUAAACCGGGUAGUUAUCUCAUUAAGUAAUUGGUUAAGAUUAUAGAGUUGAAUAUUGGAAUAUCCCCAGACGGUGUUUGGUGACAGUUGCUACUUUCUGAUCACUCGAAUGUUAUACAUUUGUUCAUUUGAAAAGUAAAUGACCAGUUUUCUUGUUAAAUAUUGGAAACUGGCAUCGUGGAACAGGGCUUGGAGAAGCCAGAUCAUGCGUUAAACCCUGACUGAGGAUAGAUUAUUACAAAUUCAAACUUUUCUUUAGAUAAUUUUUUCCCCCUGAAUGCACGGUGAAAUUCAUUCUGAAGUUAGCAAACACUGUUCAUUUCGUCUAGUUGUGGUUGAAUCGAGGAUACUGCUUACCUCUGGUUAAGCUUUCCCUCCUGAAUAAAAUCUUGAGUUCUUUCUGGGAGAGUCUUACUACUUUUGUUAAAGUUUACUUUUUUGAAAAAUGAAAUAAUGGAGAAACACUGACAUUUUGGAAAUGGGAGUAGUGUUAAAAGUGGCCUCUGCCGCAUAGAAGCCCUUGCUUUCUGUGCUUUCCUGCCAAGCCUUCUUCCUUUCCUAGGACACGUUUUUCCCUGAGGCUUAUUUGACCUGUCUCAGACUUCAUCGCUGCUGUCUUUUAAACUCCUUAAUGGAAAAGAUAGAUUUAAACACUGGAUGCUAGCAUAUCUAGUACAAGCACUAAAAAUUGAUUUUUUUAAGCAUCUAUAAACAAAUGGAAAGUAAUUGACUUGUUUGUAAAAAAAAAACUGUAAGCUUUGACAUUGUUAACAUAAAAGUUACCUCUGAAAGUUAUAAAAGUGGAACUUCAUGAGAAUGCUUUCCUGUAAUUUUUUAUUAUUUAGUCACAUGUGUAUAUCUUACUUAAUAAAUAGUUGGCUCAGAGAAAGGGAAUUAUCAAAAGUUUUUCUUAGAAACCACUUCUAUUGAUGUGUAGAUGACAGAGCAGGUGCAUCUCCUGUACAACCAACGAGGGAGCCAACUCUUCAGUUAGUUUAAUUGGUUUUUAUGUAUAGUCCCCUUUUUCAGUAAAUGGGGAGGGAGUUCUAGGAAGCUGAGAAAAUUGCUCUCAUAGGUCUGUAUUUACACAGUAAGCACUAGCCUGGCCUGGGAUUCAGUGUAGCCUGAGCUGGUUUCAAACUAAGGCAUCCUCCUGCCUUAGCCUUCUGAUUGCAGGGAUUGCAGAUGUAAAGCCACCAGAUUUAACAUGAAAGACAGGGUUUUUAAGUAAAAAAGUUUGGAUAGUAAGCCUUUGAGAAAUGAGGACUUCAAAUGUCUAGCAUGCCAGCUCAGUAUUGACACCUGGAUUACAAGAUUACAAGGUGGCCCGCAUCGGACAGUCCAGCCUUUCAGUGAUGAAGACGCGUCCAUCGAGACCAUGAGUCACUGCAGUGGCUGCAGCGACCCUUCCAGUUUCGCCGAGGAUGGUCACAGUGUUGGUUUCUAUUCUGUAGGACCAGAAGUCCUCGAUGAGGAAGGAACUCAAGAAGACUUAGAGUACAAAUUGAAGGGAUUAAUUGACCUAACUCUUGAUAAGAGUGCAAAGACAAGACAGGCAGCUCUUGAAGGUGUUAAAAAUGCACUGUCUUCCAAAGUGCUGUAUGAGUUUGUUCUGGAGAGAAGAAUGACUUUAACUGAUAGCAUUGAGCGCUGUCUGAAAAAAGGAAAGAGUGACGAGCAGCGUGCAGCUGCAUCCCUGGCAUCUGUUCUUUGUGUUCAGUUGGGCCCUGGAUUUGAGAGUGAAGAGAUUUUAAAGACUCUUGGACCAGUCCUAAAAAAAAUCAUUUGUGAUGGGACAGCUAGUAUCCAGGCUAGGCAAACUUGUGCAACUUGCUUUGGGGUUUGCUGUUUUAUUGCCACAGAUGACAUCACUGAGCUGUAUUCAACUUUGGAAUGCUUGGAAGCUAUUUUCACCAAGUCCUAUCUUAAAGAGAAAGAUGCUAAUGUUAUCUGCAGCAGCCCUAAUAUAGGGCUCCACAUCAGCUCCCUUCUUGCAUGGACCUUAUUACUGACCAUAUGCCCAAUCAGUGAAGUGAAGAAAAAGCUGGAACUGCAUUUCCAUAAACUUCCAAGCCUCCUUUCUUGUGAUGAUGUAAACAUGAGAAUUGCUGCUGGCGAAUCUUUGGCACUUCUGUUUGAGUUGGCCAGAGGAAUGGAUAGUGACUUUUUUUAUGAAGACAUGGAGUCUUUGACCCAGAUGCUCCGGGCUCUGGCUACAGAUGGCAAUAAGCACCGUGCCAAAGUGGACAAGAGGAAGCAGCGGUCCGUCUUCAGAGACGUCCUGCGGGCCGUGGAGGAACGGGAUUUUCCAACAGAAACUGUUAAGUUUGGUCCUGAACGCAUGUAUAUUGAUAGCUGGGUCAAAAAACAUACCUAUGACACCUUUAAGGAGGUUCUUGGAUCAGGGAUGCAGUACCACUUGCAGACAAAUGAAUUCCUUCGCAAUGUAUUUGAACUUGGACCCCCUGUGAUGCUUGAUGCUGCAACACUUAAGACCAUGAAGAUUUCUCGUUUUGAAAGGCAUUUAUAUAACUCUGCAGCUUUCAAAGCUCGAACAAAAGCUCGAAGCAAAUGCCGAGAUAAGAGAGCAGAUGUUGGAGAAUUCUUCUAGAUGUCUGCAUUUGAUGACUGUUUUCUAGUUUCUUCCUUUAUUAUUAUUUUUGCUACUUAUAAUGUAUAUAAACUUUUAGAGAGUUUUUUUAUCUUGAGGUCAACUUAGAUAAUUUUUGAUGUAGGGGUGGAUUAUAUUUUAAUUUAAUGUACAGUGUUACAAAUUAAUGAAUUCUGUUUAUUAAAUAUUCUCUGUAAAAAUAACUGGUAGCCACAAAUAAAGUAUUUAUGAUGAUUGGUCA